CUGCAGCCGAGCCAGAGGAGGAACCCCCAUCGCAGCCAAUCCUGGGCGAGCUCACGGCCUCCCACGUGAGCCCCGACUCGGUGCAGCUGGAGUGGAGCGUCCCCGAGGGCACCUUUGACUCCUUCACGGUGCAGUACCGGGAUGCCCAAGGCCAGCCCCAGGUGCUGCCCGUGGACGGGGGUUCGCGCACGGUGACCGUGCCGGGGCUGUCACCGUCCCGCCGCUACAAGUUCAACCUGUACGGGGUGUGGGGUCGCAAACAUCUGGGCCCCGUCUCCACCGACGCCGUCACAGCCCCAUCUCCAGAAGAAGAGAAGCCGCUGUCCCAGCCCCACCUGGGCGAGCUCACGGCCUCCCUCAUCACCCCCAACUCUGUCCAGCUGGAGUGGAGCGUCCCCGAGGGCACCUUCGAUUCCUUCACAGUGCAGUACCGGGAUGUCCAAGGCCAGCCCGAGUCACUGCUUGUCGAUGGCAGUUCCCGCACAGUGACUGUGGCCGGGCUGUCACCGUCCCACCGCUACAACUUCUACCUGUACGGGGUGUUGGGACAGAAACGUCUGGGCCCCGUCUCUCUUGACACCAUCACAGCCCCAGCUCCCCAAAAGGAGGAACCCCCAUCUCAGCCCCACCUGGGCGAGCUCACGGCUCCCCAUGUCACCCCCGACUCGGUGCAGCUGGAGUGGAGCGUCCCCGAGGGCACCUUUGACUCCUUCACGGUGCAGUACCGGGAUGCCCAAGGCCAGCCCCAGGUGCUGCCCGUGGACGGGGGUUCGCGCACGGUGACCGUGCCGGGGCUGUCACCGUCCCGCCGCUACAAGUUCAACCUGUACGGGGUGUGGGGUCGGAAACGUCUGGGCCCCGUUUCCACCGACGCCGUCACAG